AUGCUCAAACAACGCGUCAUUCAAACCUUUUCGCUUGAUCAAGAUGUUGGCGAGGACCUUGUCCCGGAGGGCUUGCUGUCCGUCAAAUUCCGCACACAUAUUCAUGAGCGAGGUGUGGCUUAUUUGGGCCCUAGCGGAGACCCUUUGUGGUUCACGCUUGAGAGAGAUAGCGAGGACUUAAUUCCGACUGUAUAUACCCUGUGGAAGAAGCCAGAUCUCCUCCCGUCUCUGUCCACACCAUCUUCAAAAAUUCCUGAUCUAGUUGGUGCGGAUCUCAUGAUUCCUGAAGGUCCUCUUUGCUCAGCAGACUCUUCUUCAAGUCCUGCGCAACUUGUCAGCAUUACGAGACAUAUUCGCGAUUUGACGCGUAUUGGGCCGCCACUUGCUGUUGGGCGCUUGGCGGUGGGUAGUAGAGCCCUGUCUGCGGUUGGCGCGAAGGGAAAGGCAGUGUUUGUUCUGCAUGCCUGGAAUGACCAUUUAUUUGAUAUGGGACACAAAGGUAAUCCGCCGGGUCUUGCGGGUAGUGAUGUAUCGAAAGAGCCAUCGGUUGCUGCGCUGGGUUCUACGCAGUUAGACAAACCUACUCCAACAAUAGAACUCACGAAAGAAGACGUUUCAACUAUUCUGCAUGCUGCCCUUCUUCAGGCAAUCAAAAAUAUGUCCAGCAGCACCCAGACCUCCGUGUUCCCCAUGACCGCUAGCACACUUUACUCGACUUACAUUCUACCCUCGCAGCCUGCCUCAUCACCGUCACAGCCAGACAUAUCUACACCCAUCGAUAUCAAGCAUUCCUCCCACAAGUCUCUUGCGCAUUUUCUCAAAUCAGCAGAGAAACAAGGCCUCUUGAAGCUUAAAGAGAUCAAAUAUGAGUUGAUGGUAUUUUCCGUGACCACAGCACACGCAGAUGUUGUCGCACACAGACCAUAUAUAUCUCUCAAGGAUGAGUUUCUCAGGAAAAAGCAGCGGGAAGAAAAGGAACAGACACGUGUCCGGAACCGUAAAGUAACGAAGCUUCAUAAACCCCAUCUACAAUCGCUGAAAUUAUUUGCUGAUGCUGGAUUCGAUACAUCAACCCUAUACACCCACAUGGAUAUCAAGACCGUACUCGACAAGUACGUCACCGAUCGUAAAUUAGUGGACGUGCACGACCCAUCAUAUGUCGACGUUGGCGCGGAUAAGCUUCUUCGGACGACUAUCUGGACUGGCGGUCCAGCGAAAAUGGUGUUUUUCAAACGCGAGAAAGUGAUCGAGUACCUAUCUCACAAGAUGCAGAAUUGGUACAAGAUACGGGUCGAAGGCAGGGAUACGGUGCCCAAAUGCAGGGAGGGGCGGCUCAAACCAAUCCUGGUGGAAGCUAAAAUCAUACGAGGUCGUAGGGCGAGAACGACCAUCACAGGCUUCGAGCCGUUUUUGUUGGGGGCGGUUGAUCUUGCAAAGGAGUUGAGGACGAGAUGCGCGUCUUCUACUUCAGUUUCACCUGUACCAGGGAAGUCGUCGGGGAUGAAGGUAUCCGUGCAAGGCAGGCAGAUUAAGGCGGUCACAGCAUUCCUUGCAUCACGAGGCGUGCCGAAGCGAUGGGUGCGGAUCGUGGGCAGGGGAAAGAAUGGGCGGAGUACAGGCGCCGGGUGA